AUGCAUCCAUUCAGAGUUCACCACCAUUGCAAGCAUCUGGACCCGAUGGCCGACGGUGAGGCCGGCAAGGCGGUGAGCCUCCUCUUCCGCAUCGCCGCGCUCGUCCUGUCGGUGGCGGCCGCCGUCGUGAUGGGCACCGCCAGCCAGCUGGUCGUCGGCGGCGGCGACCGGGGAGCCCCGUCGAGCUACGCCGUCUCGUGCAGCCAGUACAACGCUCUCAAGUACUUCGUGGUGGCCGGCGCGAUCUCGGCCGUCUGCUCUGCGGCGGCGCUGUACCUGUGCGCCGUGCGCGCCGCCGCCGCGAUCGGCUCGCUGCCGCUGGUGCCCCUCCUCGACGCCGCGGCGCAGGGCCUCCUCUUCUCGGCAGCCGGCGCGGCUGGCCCGUGGGGCAGCAGCGGGGUAGACGUAGGAGGCGGCGGCGGCAGCGUGUGCGACGCCGCCGGCGCGUUCUGCGGGAAGGUGAGCGUCGCGGCGGGCGUUGGCGCGUGCGCGGCCGUCGCCGUCGCCGUCGCGGCGCUGGCCAGGGACGCGCGCCGCAGGGGCAGCUCGGGAGGGUCGUGUGACUGGUGA